AUGACCACUGGAACUCAUCGGGCAUCUUCAACCCGGCGUUCAACAACCCCAAAACGCAAUGCGCAGACAGCAGAGCGCAAGUUAAGUCCCGAGGAGCUCUACAACGUUACGGUGGAAAAGAAAUUUUCUCCCGAAAAGGACACCUGGGAUGGCCACUAUGAAUUUGGCGGCCCUUGGGCUACUUUUCUCAUCAUAUUGAUAUCCCAUACACUGAUAUAUUACUUUAUGGUUUGCAUAAUGGAGUUUCAAGGCACAAUGAUCUACCCCGGUCAUCCACUAUUAAAGGGGGAGAACAUGAUCAGUGUUUUUUGGGAGCAUGUGCGUAUAAAUGCAGCACCGACAUGGGAAACAUUUGGCAUUUUUACAGGAUUUUUACUUUUGGAGUACACCUUGGCUGUAGUGCUUCCCGGUAUGGAGGUCAAGGGACUUCCCAUUCCAAGUGAAGGUGGUUACCGCUAUGUCUACAAAUGCAAUGCCGUUCAUGCAUGGUAUUGUAUGCUGGUCAUUGUAGGCGUAUUACAUUUUACCGAAAUCCUCCCUCUUUGGAGGGUGCAUGAUGAAUACGGCCAUUACCUAACUGCUGCCACCAUCUGGGCGGAUGUCCUUUCGGUUUGGGUCUACAUUGUUGGCCUUCGCAAAAGACUUCGUAUGUCAAACAAUGUUGUCUAUGACUUUUUUAUGGGCUCAGCUCUUAACUUUCGUCUUCCUGGUGACGUGGACGUUAAGCUGUUUGCGGAAUGUCGCAAUUCAUGGGUAUUAUUGAUGGUUAUAACCCUAAGUAAUGCCGCCGCAAUGUACCGAGAGCUUGGCUACAUUACGGGAAAUAUGUAUUUUAUUGUUUUUGCACAAUUUUUGUACGUGAAUGCGAUACAAAAGGGUGAAGAGUGUAUUAUUAGUACUUGGGACUUAUUUUACGAGAAAUUUGGAUGGAUGUUGGCGUACUGGAAUACGUGCGGGGUACCUUUUUUGUAUUCCAUGCAAUCCUUAUACAUCCAGAGAGUUCUUAAAGAACGUUCCUACCGACCUUGGCAAUUGAUGCUUAUGGUGAUGGUUCUCCUUCCGGCAUACUAUAUCUGGGACAGCGCGAAUUCACAGAAGAAUCGUUUCCGCAUGAAGCGUAGCGGCGUGCCGGAAUACAUCAUUCGACGGAAGGCGUUUCCGCAGCUCCCGUGGGGAUAUAUUGAAAAUCCCCGUGUAUUAAAAAACGAACGUGGUGAACUCUUUGUGGAUGGAUGGUAUCGCUAUGGUCGUAAACUACACUACACUGUGGAUAUUAUUAUGGCAUUCUUGUGGGGGACGUCAUGCGGAUUUAACUCUUUCAUUCCGUUUUUCUACGUGUGCUUCUUCACCUGUCAUCUUGUGGACCGCGAGCGCCGUGAUGACUACCGUUGCCGCAGGAAGUACGGUAAGCUUUGGGAACGCUACCUGCAGGUAGUCCCAUACAAGCUGAUCCCGGGUAUUUAUUAG